AUGUCAAGAACACAUCCCUCGCGCCUCCCCUUCACGGCGAUAGGCCCCCUCUUCCUCAUCCUCUUCUCGCUCCUCACAAUCUCCACGGCCCUUUCGGUGCCAACGGAAAGCCACUUCCACUUCCUCGCCACGCGCCAAACCAACACCAACACCAACCUUUCCGACCCUCUCUGCCUCCAAUACAGCACGAUCGCAAACCUCUCGAUCGUCGGCUCCAACGCGACCUAUCGCUCGGCCUACCUCCAAGCGUCGCCCGCAGGGGGCGAUCCCGCCCGCGCACCGCUCGACUCGGCGAUGCUCGAGCUGCCGAACUGGCAAUUCAAUAAGACCGUCAACGACGCGUGCGGAAACUUGACGACCGUGGCGUUUGAGAGCGCGGCCACGAAUUUCACAAACGGCGUUGUGCUGCAGUUCAAGAUUGGGGCCGUCAAUGCAGCGUCUGCGGUGCAAGUCGGAGGGAGCGUGCUAGGGAUGGGAUUGAUUGUGGGACUGGUAGCGUUGGGGUUGUUGAUUUGA